UCGGCGAGUGAGGGGCGGGGUCGUGCGCUACGGAAGCCGCGCGGGAGGCGGAGGAGGCGGUUGCAGGAGCAACAGCGAGCAGCCAUGGCUGCGGACGGAGAGCGCUCCCCGCUGCUGCCGGCGGAGUCCGGGGAUGGGGGCGGCUCCGGCGUCGGCGGCCUGGUGGGGCCGGCGGGGCUGAUGACAGCCUCUGCCUCGAACCCGCCGGGGAAGCCGAACCCACCUCAGGGGUUUCCUGGAUUUAGCGGACUCAGCGAGGGGGGCCAGGCGGCCGUGCUGCCCGGAGAAGACCCCCCGCCCUACUCGCCCAUGGCCUCUCCAGAGAGCGGCAGUGCUCCCAUGAUCAAUUGCCGGGUCUGCCAGAGCCCCAUCAACGUGGAGGGCAAGAUGCACCAACAUGUUGUGAAAUGCAGCGUCUGCAACGAGGCCACGCCAAUCAAAAAUGCCCCAGCUGGGAAGAAGUAUGUCAGGUGCCCCUGUAAUUGCCUCCUGAUCUGCAAAGUGACGUCACAACGCAUUGCCUGUCCUCGGACGUACUGUAAAAGGAUUAUUAACUUGGGCCCCGUGCAUCCCGGCCCUCAGAGUCCCGAGCCCCAGCCCGUCGGCGUUCGCGUCAUCUGCGGCCACUGCAAAAACAAUUUCCUGUGGACGGAGUUCACGGACCGCACCUUAGCCCGAUGCCCACACUGCCGUAAAGUCUCUUCCAUUGGGCGCCGCUAUCCCCGGAAACGAUGUGUUUGCUGCUUCCUGCUGGGCUUAUUAAUGGCUGUGACGGCUACCGGCCUUGCGUUUGGAACGUGGCAACAUGCCCAGAAGUACAGAGGGAUCUUUGCCUCGUGGGCUCUGGUCAUCCUCUUGGCCUUGCUGUGCCUCGGCCGCGCCAUGUACUGGGCUUGCAUGAGGGUCAGCCACCCCAUCCAGAACUUCUCCUGAAGCGCCCCUGGGCUUCCCGUUUCCAGCCGCUGCUGCUCCCGGCGUGCCAUCUGUCAUGAGCCAGCCUCGCCCGUCCUCUUCCCCCCCCUCCCCUUUGGGGUCGAGACCUUCUGUGCCGCCUUCCCGCCGUGCCAGCCUCCCCGUCGAUCACUACCACAGCUUCUACCCCCUCCUCCUCACCUUUGAGGCUCCCCGGGAGUCUGUCGCCUGGGCGUGGCGUGGCGCCAAAAACAAAACACUUGAACCCGAACGAAAUUUGAUUGCCGGAAACUGCCUGUCCCGGGGCCAGAGGACCUCCUGCAGACCCAGUGGGCAACGGAACCCGUCCUUGGGCCAAUGAGAAGAGGAGACGUUUUGGAACCCAGGAGAUUGUUCCGAGGGAGACGGCGGCCGCAUGCUGGGAUCUACUGCAGAACGACACGGUCCGGUGGGACUGGAGGCCACCCGGUGUGACUGGAGCGUGACGGGCUCUGUGACUUGAGGGGCCCUACGGUGGCUCAGCUGGGACAGUCUGACGAGCGGUGUGCUAUGAGAAGACAUUGGUUAUUUUGGAACUUCUUAGGUGCUUCCUGGCCGGGGGCGGAAUGCCGGAGAGCCACGGGGAGUCCCUGUUGCGUUGACCACACCCCUUUCGCUCAGUAGGAGGACCAGGAGGAGAGGGAACUGGCCGAGUUGCCAUAGCAAUAGCGGCCUCGGGGACAUUCCUCCAACGGCAGGCUGAAGGAGGCAAGCAGACGGACAGACGCUGCUGGUGCAUCUGUGUUUCUUGUCGAAUUCCAUUCCUCGUCGCCUCGCUGCCCUGUGAGUCCUGUGGUCUGGGCAGCUGCCUUCCCGGACCCUUGUGUCUCGUAACGCUACCUGGAGUUGACAUCUUGGUGCCCUUCCGGUCCCUUUCUCCCUCGUUUUGACCCCAACCGCAGUCCCGAGACUGAGGCCUCCGGCCCCACCCGAACAUAACAUGGGCAUUAUUUCCCCCGCCCCCUUUGAUUCCUUCAGUCUUACACUGUUUCUUUCAUUGCACAUUCCUGGGUGGAGGGAUCCCCCCCCCCCACUGACCUUGCCCUCAAUCAACCCAGCCUCCUUUCUUGAGAUGUGGGGCGCAGAAAAGGGGAUUAUCUCGUUAUCCCUCAUGUAUGAUGCUUUCAACUGCAAUUAGGAAGAAGAGGUUUUUCUCCCUUAACCCUGAAAGGGAGGCACACAUUCUGGGACGGCCUUUCUCCCUUAACCCUGAAAGGGAGGCACACAUUCUGGGAUGGCCUACCCACAAUUCCACUCACUGUUUCCUUUAAAGCGGUUGCCCCUUCGUUCUGCCCUCGUUUCUGUUGCUGGAGACCUUUUAAAUUUCCUUCUCCCCCCCACCCCUCCACCAAGAAACUUGCUCCUGCGAUGCUUCACGAAGGAAGGGUGCAGGGCGGGCAACGGCCCUUCCUCAGCCUAGAAAGUCCGAGGCCUGCAAGAACCACAUUCCAGGGGGCAGCUGGCCUCCCAACUGCAUGCCGAGAGGGCUGGCUGAGGCCGUGUGACUAGGGGCAGGUUCUGGUGGUUGACCCGGAAGUGGUCUCAGGUGCCGGGGGCAGUUGGUUCGGUCUUGC